ACUUUCAUAUAAACCUUGGCUUCAAACCACAAACUGCAAUGUUCUCUACACGCUGUCCAUUCCCAACAAACACUUUUACUCAAUCACAAGAUUCCUAAGACCCCCUUUACAUAACUCCAAAGUACACCUUCAAAUUCUUAUAACAAAAUUCAUAUUCCUGUGCAAACACUAUGACCAAGAUCUCUGUAUUGCUCCUAUGUCUCUUCUUCUUCUCAGCUUCAGGGCUUGUGAAUGGUUCUUCCAAGCAUCAAAAGAUUGGGGUUUUUGAGCUCAAGAAAGGUGACCUUUCUUUGAAGGUUACCAAUUGGGGUGCAACAAUUUUGUCUCUCACCCUUCCUGAUAAGAAUGGAAAGUUGGGUGAUGUUAUUCUUGGAUAUAAGUCAAUCAAGGAUUACACUAAUGGUACAACUUACUUUGGUGCUACUGUUGGGCGAGUUGCAAACAGAAUUGGAGGAGCUCAGUUUACUCUAAACGGAGUCCAUUACAAAUUAGUUGCUAAUGAAGGAAACAAUACACUUCAUGGUGGAACCAGAGGAUUCAGUGAUGUUCUUUGGAAAGUGGAAAGCUACAAAAGAGAUGCCAAGAACCCAAGUAUUACCUUCAGUUACUAUAGUUUUGAUGGUGAAGAAGGAUUCCCUGGUGAUCUCAUAGUUACUGUGAGCUACAUUCUAAGUAGGAAAAACCAUUUGGCCAUAGUGAUGAAAGCAAAAGCAUUAAACAAAGCUACCCCAGUGAACUUAGCCAACCAUGCUUAUUGGAACCUAGGAGGUCAAAACAGUGGCAACAUUCUUGACGAGGUUGUCCAAAUCUUUGGUUCAAAGAUCACAGUUGUUGAUAGCAAACUCAUUCCCACAGGAAAAUUUGCUUCAGUGAAAGGAACACCCUAUGAUUUUCUCAAGCCACAAGUUGUUGGAAGCAGGAUUAACAAGCUAGCUUCAACAAAAGGCUAUGACAUCAACUAUGUUCUUGAUAGUGAGAAGAAAAUCAAGCUAGCAGCAAUAGUUAAGGAUCAUAAAUCAGGCAGGGUGUUGGAACUUUACACAAAUGCCCCUGGUUUGCAGUUUUAUACCGGGAACUACCUUAGUAAUUUGAAGGGUAAAGGUGGAUAUGUGUAUCAAUCUCAUGCUGGAUUGUGUUUGGAGAGUCAAGCUUUUCCUGAUUCAGUGAAUCACCCAAAUUUCCCUUCAACUAUUGUCACCCCUCAAAAGCCUUACAAGCAUUUUAUGCUCUUUAAAUUUUCCACAUAUUAGGUGUACUAUGUUGAAUUUAGUACAUCAUGCUCUAAGGUAAUUUUGUUAUAAUUCAAAUUUAUACGAUUGAAUUACCUUAGUGCAUAAUGCAUUGAGUUUAAUCUAAUACAUCGUAGAUUUAAUAAAUUCGUGUAACAUGAUUUCACAUUUCAUCCAUAGUUCUUGUGGUUUGUUGCAAUAAAAAAUAAGAACGGUUUUUAUUA